AUGGAGUCUCUUGAGAGAACUUCCCUUGUGAAUGACCAAGCUACUAAGAUGUACACCUUUACUCUAGACAGCAGAGAACUUCGACAGAAACCUGUGAAUAAAGAUCGGUGUCCUGGAGACAGGCCAGAGCAGCCAGAGGCAGAAGGCAUCUAUCACUGCCACAGCAACGCCAAGGCCACAGAGAACGGGUCGAGCAAGCAAGUGCAUGCCAAGAGGAGACUCUGGGCUGCUUCAGCAAUAUGCUUCGUCUUCAUGGUGGCAGAGGUGGUUGGUGGACACGUUGCUGGGAGCCUUGCUGUCAUCACCGACGCUGCUCAUCUCUUAAUUGACCUGACCAGCUUUCUGCUCAGCCUCUUUUCUUUGUGGUUGUCAUCACGGCCUCCCUCCAAGCGGCUGACCUUUGGCUGGUACCGAGCAGAGAUCCUUGGGGCCCUGCUGUCCGUCCUCUGCAUCUGGUUGGUGACUGGUGUCCUGGUAUACCUUGCGUGCGUGCGCCUCCUGUAUCCUGAUUACCAGAUCCAAGCAAGCAUCAUGAUCAUCAUUUCAGGCUGUGCGGUGGCAGCCAAUAUUGUACUAACUGCAAUUUUGCACCAACGGCACAUUGGCCACAACCACAAGGAUGCACAAGCUAAUGCCAGUGUCAGGGCAGCCUUUGUGCAUGCCCUUGGCGAUGUAUUUCAGAGCAUCAGUGUGCUAAUUAGUGCUCUCAUUAUCUACUUCAAGCCAGACUACAAAAUUGCGGAUCCAGUGUGUACAUUUAUCUUUUCCAUCCUGGUUUUGGUCAGUACCAUCAUGAUCUUAAAAGACUUCUCCAUCUUACUCAUGGAAGGUGUUCCAAAGGGCCUGAGCUACAACAGCGUGAAAGAGCUCAUCCUCGCAGUUGAUGGCGUGGUAUCCAUGCACAAUCUUCACAUCUGGUCGCUGACAGUGAACCAAGUCAUCAUCUCUGUUCAUGUUGCUACAGCUGCCAGCCAAGACAGCCAGUCCCUGCAGACAAGGAUUGCUUGUGCCCUCCACAGUAGCUUUGAUCUGCACUCCCUCACCAUUCAGAUAGAAUCUGCAGCAGCCCAGGACGCCAGCUGCCUUUUCUGUGAAGAGCCACAGGACUAG